AUGGAGUCGAUUAAAGGGCCGAGGGUGGAGGUCAUCUUUUUGUAUGAGUCCUUGGACCAUCUGGAGUGGCACUCCCGUAUCCCCACGACGCACUGGCAGCCCAAACACGAAUGCAAGCGUGAUGAUAUUGCUGCUGUCGUGUGUGCCUGCAGGGUGUCUCCUGCUGCCCAUCAGUGGACCACGAGGUGGAUUUUUCACGUCCGAGGUCCACGUGGCGGGGAUGUCGAGUUCAUCGCAGAGGAGACAUCCACACGACAGCAAAUGCACGGAAUCACCGUCCGUCGCAUCGAGGACCAAAGGGUGGAUUUUGCACGGCUGAGGUUCGCGUCUCGGAGACGUGGGGCUCCUCGCGGAGGAGACGAGAACGAGUCCGCACGGAAUCGCCGUUCGUCGCUUCGAGCUCCGUCGGUUCCCGUCUUUCUCGUCCACGCCCAGCUCUUGGAUCGAGGAUCGUUUCGACGCAUUAAAAGGCUUACUUAUUCUCAGGCGCCGAAGUUCCUAGCCACGUGGACCCCUUAUACGGUUGCGAAUGUCAAAGCGUCAGACGCCUUUUUGACGGAGCACCUCCACCAGCAUCGCCUGCUCGCGUGGCGGAUGGACGGAGACGACCGUGGGACAGAUGGGGUCAGCGAUUGCAGCGAGGUGAAGAGGGGUGGUGAUGGUAUUUCCGCCAUUCGCAACGAGAACGACUUCGCGCACUUUCAAUGCUGCUGCUGUUUCGUCUUGGGACUACCUGCCCUCAACUUGAUUCCAACGGAUGGCCUUGUAUUGCGUGGGAGUUACACAACAGUUACUCUGGCUGUUUAUGGCAAUCUUGCACCUCUUACAUCUCAUCAGCUGAGUGCCAACCAUGAUGAGGAAUUGCCAGUAUCAUCCACACCCACAUCUGUCCAAGAUGAAAAGAACAAAAUAAGAAUGAUUGAAACUCCAAGGCAGGAUCGGGAUCAGGAACCUCUGAAAGUUGAGGCCUGUGCAUCCUUUGAGUCUCCCUCCAGAGGAUCACUCACACCUCCUGUGAGAAAGGAGAGAGAACUAGAUGAUGUGCUAUCAUCUCCUAAACAGAGUGAUUCCAGAUCCUUGAAGCCACAGAUAGGUAGUGACUUGGCCUCAGAAGAUGGUCGAUCAAUUGGAGAAGGAAUGGGAAGUGAUCGCCUGGACACUCCAGAGCCUCCUCGCUGCUCGAGUGAAAAAACUAUCUCGCCUCAUUCUAUAUCUGGAGAUAUUGGCUCCUCCCACAAAGCACCUGGAGUGGGAGUGCUGAAACCACUUUCUCCUGGUGAAAUUGAAGCAAUAUCUGAAGAUGAGAUGGAAGUAGAUGAUGAAGAGGAGAAGGAGACAUCUGGGACAUCAAUCAAAGGCUUCUCUGGAGAUGAAAAACAGGGAGGUCAGUUGACUGGAAUUGAGGAAGAACCUCCACUUGUUGGAGAAGUGGAGGAGAUCCUCUCUGAGGAUGACCUCGACUAUGAACAGGAUCUGGAUAUGGAGUAUUAUCCUGGAGGAGAUGGUGUUGAAGACCUCAUCAAGCAAUUCAAUCCUUAUGCCAUUGAAAUUGUACCCAUGGUGUAUUUGGAAGAUCCAAGUUUGAGUGAAUGUGAGAAUGCAACCAGGAGACUCCUUCUGGCAACACCAGAGGAAGGAGAAUCAGAGAAGCCAAAAGCUGCUCAAAGACUCUUAUUAUUGGUGGAAAGCUUCCCGCAAGCUGUCAUUAAUGACAAAUGGGUUGAUGCAAUGGAAAAUGCAGCUGUCAACCUGCCACAGGGACUUGCGUAUCUUCUACAUCAUGCCCAAAGCUCUGCUGUUCUGGAUACCCUGCUGGAAUGGAUUGAUAUAGGCUUGGACUUUGACAAGGCAUUGAAGCAGGAGCUUCCAGCAUACAUGGUUCGUCAUAUGAAAGGAGGUGUUAGACUAGCUCAGGCUCUGUGCUCUUGCAAUCGGGUCUUGGCUCGACGUCUGCUGUCGUGGGGCAUCCAGGAACGGCUCCUUGAUCUGUAUGGAAAACCCCACAUGGGCCUGCCUCUAAAACUUAUGAUACUCAAGGCUCUUGAUGCAACCACUUCCACAAAACUUGGGUUGGACCUUUUCCUUGGCCGAGUCACACGUCAGCGGUUGCGGGAAGAUUCUGGUUGUGGUGGAGAACUUGGAGAGGAUUUCACUCAGGCUGAAAGUGAUCAUGAUGAUGAAGAUGAAGAUGAUGAUGAUGUUCUGACUCCCUAUCAAAUUCUACUGAAGUUGUUAUUUGAAAACUGUCAAGGUACAAGAGCCAAAGUGGCAAUUAUGCGUCUUCUGCAAAAGACACAUUUUUAUGAGCUCCUAACUACAAUGACUGCCAGGGUAGAGGCCCUGACUGAAGAUAUACUCAGCAUGCAACUGCCAACAGCAGAUGGAACAUCUGAUUCAGAUGGUGGGGAGUCUUCCCCCCAGCAAGUGGAAGUGAAAGUGAAGGUCCCUUCUAGUGACAUAGACCUCAUAUCUUCUGCUCUACUUCAGCUCCUGAAGGUGUACAAAAAUGCUGGAGACCUCAUUGCACAACCAGGCCGAAUUCUACCAGCAACCUCACAAUUCACUGUCCCUUCUGAGACCCAUGAUCCUUACUUUGGGCUCUUUUGCAUGUUUCAGUCCCUGUAUCUUCUGGAAUCUAUGCUGACCCUACUGACAUGUCCAUCGACAGCAUCAAAUCAGGCCAUCUUGAGCCGCAUCUGUGACUUCCUUUUGACCCUUCUACAGUCCCAAAGGGGAAUACUUUAUCUGAGUGCCAAUGGAGACACAACAACUGCCCUCAUCAAAAUGCUUGUAAACCUUCCAUUUGAAACCCCAGAUGACUCAGUCUUCAACCCCCAACAAAUUGGCCUACAAAUGGCAUUCAAUCUUCAUGUAUUGAAGCAGCUAGAUUGUCUGUUUGUGGCCCACAACAGUCCAAAUAAACAGGUGGAUGACCCAGAUUUUGUACAGGCUUUGUCAAGUCUCCAUUCCCUUCUGUUCAGUCAUCAUGGGAGGCUUGCUUUGAUCAACACCAUCCCCCUGGCUGACAAUGUCCUUGCAUUGCUCCCUUUCUUUGAGUUGGGAUGGAAGAAGUCAGCUUGUCGGGGAUAUGCAACUGACAUUCUGGCCACAGUUGUGAAGUUCAGUGAUAGUGUGCUGUUUUUGGAGAUGUAUGGCCAACGACUCCUGGAAUUGUCUAGGGCUGAAGAUGUACCCCCAGCCAUAAAUGCCCUUAGUUCAUGGUUGACGCCUGUGGACAGAGCUGAAUAUUUCGGUUAUGAUGAGAUCCCCAGUUUAUGUGAAGUCACCAAGAAGCUGCUGGAUGGCACAUGCAUCUCUUCCAAUGGGGCAUUGUCUCCAGGCCUUUGCACGUGUCUCCGCAUCUUAUGCUUUCUGAGUCGGGAACCAGAUCAAAGUCUCCUGGCAUCACAAGAGCGACAUGUGCAACUCAAGUACAAAUAUGCCAUAGUUCAAAUGUUCUCUGGUGAUCUGCUACAAGCACUGACGAGUGCAGUGACUCGAAUGGCAACUCAGUGGGAACAGCCAUCAGCGGUCCCAUCUGUCCUUGUGUCCACAAGAGGCAUUGAACUUCUUCUGACAAUGAAAUCCACUAUUGAGCUUAUGAGAAGACUUCUGGCUCAUGUCAUUGAAGCCCGAGGAACAGAAUUUACUGAUCUCUCAGCUGUUGUGCCACUGCUUCAGGCCCAUACUCUAGCAUCAGCAUACCCAAACACAUGCAUGGCACACUGGUGUGUGGGGGAUAUACAACGGAAUGUUGUUGGUGCUCUCCUAACAUACACUCAACCUGUCCUUGAGGCAGAGGAGUCAGAAGAAAAGGUUGGGAAAAGUUUAUGGACUCAAAUGCUGAAGGAACUCCUCACCUACAUCCUCUCUGCACCUUUCACAUACAUCCCUUGCCUUCAGGUUCUCUGUGAUUUGCUUCCACUACCUUUGCCAAUACAGACCAUUAUACCCCUGUCAGAAGAAGAUGAAAGCCGUGCCCUGAGUCACCGCAAGCUGUGGACAGCUCAUCUCUAUUGCUUAGCACCUUUGCUUUCACAGGUCAUUGGCACAUUGUGUACAAGCAGCAGCACAAUUCUGCAGAGCUUGCUUCGUCGUGCUGCAACCCAACUGGCUGAUCUUGCCCCAACAAUGGCCCUCCUGGUUGCCCGAUGUGCCAUGGAUAUUGUGCUCAAGCUUAGUGCAGGUGACCAGCCCCCUGUAGACUCAUCUGCAGCUGAGAAGGCCCUGGUCCAAGCUUUCAGCUUUCUUGGCACCAUCAUUGGAGCACCCCCUGUCAAGGUGGCAGUCCUGCAGACAACACGGACUGAGGAGAAGUUCCAGGACUUUGUGGGCAUCCUCACCAAAGUGCUUGUGAAUCAUGGAUCAAAGCCCAACCUUCCAGAGUGUGUCAUCAGCAUCCUGCAGACUCUCUGUGACACUGAAGUUGCCAUAUGCACUGAUGCCCCGUUGAACUUCAUGCCUCCAUCAGAGCAGCUGAACAUGAUAUUGGAUGCCCUACUAACAUUGAUUGGGGACUCUGGGGCUGGCUACAGUCAGUCAGCUGUCAUCAUGGCUCUUCGCACUCUUGUCAUGAUCACUGACUCAGACUAUGGAGUCUAUUCCAUAUUUUUGAGUUUGAAGAAGAAUCCUGCAGCAUUGCUGGAAACUUUGGAACGACUGAGCCUUUCCUUCAAUAGAGAGAAUUCAGAUCAUUUAUCUAUCCUUAGCACUGUCCUUGAACUGGUGCGUCUUUUGGCUCAGCUUGAUCCUGAACCCCUUGGUCCUUCACCCCUACGCACCAAGGUUCUCUCACCUCAUCAUCUGAGAGAAGUGCUAUCAUGGGAUUUGAAGAAAGAACAGAAUCAGGAAGAAAAGAAGGCUGGGAAUGAAACAGAGAAGGAGGAGAAAGAUGGAAGUAAAGGGGAGGAAAAGCCAACUAAAGUGGAGGUGAAGGUGAAGGUGAAGACUGGUCAGAGUAUUUUUCAGCAACUCCGGCAGUCUUUGGUGGAGUUGAACACCCAGGACUCAUCCUUAAAAGGGCUCAUAACAAGCAUUGAUGGCUUGGUCAGUAUGCUGGAGGAAAAAUCCUUCUCACCUGCUGAAAUGCCAGAACCACACCUGGGAGAGGUGAAGUCAUUGAGCAGUCAGAUGCUGACUCGACCAGUGAGUGUGGUUAUCAAGGAAGUUGAAGAAGAGCGAUUAUCUCGCAACUUCUGGAUGGGAUCACACAUCCAGAUGGAAGAGGAUGAUCCUGAAGGAGCUCAACAGGUUGAGGUGGACUUGGUAGCUCUGUGUAGCAAAUACCUGACAGAUAUGGACUUGGCAAAAUCUUUAUCAAGCUGGCUUCAUGCACAGCCUCUAACUGCAGAGACAGUUGGAGUCAACCAGACCACAAUCAGCAAACUGAAUCCCAGCCGAGGAAAGUUGACUCAAGUGAACACACCACGUGUUGGAAUCAGAGGCCGCAAGCCUUAUGGGGCAUCCCGAAGAGGGGGAAAUUUCUCAAGGCGUGGAAUGGGAACUGGAGAUCAGGACCGGUUUCGAAGGCGACUUCCCAACACUUCUCGGCCACCGUCCAUGCAUGUCGAUGAUUUCCUUGCUCUGGAGAGUAAAGGGAAGCAGCCAACUGGUCCCACUGGCUACAACCCCUCAACAAAGCAGGCUUUCCAGGCGUUGCUUGUCAACAAUGACAGUCACAUCAGAACCUCAACCUAUCAAAAUAGCAUGCAUGCCCUGCCUCACCAGGAAUCACCUGCAUGGGAUGCAAGCACACCUCGCAAAAUGGAUUUGAGGCAGUUGCAAAUGUGCAAGUUGAGUGGUACAGAUGGGGCAGAGAGCAUUGGAUCCAACAAACAGUGUUUGCUGUCUGAGAACUCCCUGAAGGCAGACCAAUUGCAGGCAACGAAGCGACAGAGCGUAUUCGAACGAUUAGAUCCAUUUGUUUUAUGCCAGAAGCAUCACAACUGGGAUGAGGAGAAGGCAUCAUCCAUCAGGUCUUUGUUAAAAGGGAGAGCCCUUUCAGGGAAUUUAGGAAUUGAAUCAGAACAAAGUGAAAGUAUGUUUAGUGGGUCAACUACAAGUUCACAGGAAAGUGGGACAGGUAGUUCCCUACAUAAGACAGACUUGAGGCUGAAGCUCAUUCAGAUGAGGAGGGAGAAGGAAUUUGGAUCUGGAAAUGGAAGACCCUCCUGGCAACAGGGGGAGAGGAAGGGAAUGGGAUGGAUGCGAAGGAUGUGCAAGUGCUCUGAGUGUAAAUUUAGCACUGUUCUGUCCAAGAUAGAUUCACCAAUCCCUCAAUACCCUGGCCUUUCUAUCAAAUCCUCCCCAAGGUAUUCCAUCCUCAAUCACCCUCCCAUUUAA